GUGUAAAUAUGGAGUAAUUUUUUCCCAGAGACUACAGAACUACACAAAACAGCUACUAGUAAUAAAGCGGAUACCGGCGGCGAUAGUGUGUUAAUCUUGUAGGAGAAGAAAGAGGAUAAAAAUGGCGUCGAACCAAGUGAGGGCAUCGCACAUACUGAUAAAACACGAGGGGUCAAGACGCAAAGCAUCAUGGAAAGAUCCAGAAGGUCGCGUUAUCUCUAACACUACCAGAGACGCCGCCGUUACCCAGCUCAAAGCCUUUCGGGAUGACAUCAUCUCCGGCAAAUCUAAGUUCGAAGAUGUUGCUUCUCGCUUCUCUGAUUGCAGCUCCGCCAAACGCGGUGGCGAUCUCGGUCCAUUUGGCCGAGGGCAGAUGCAGAAACCAUUUGAAGAUACAACUUUUGCACUGAAGGUUGGUGAGAUCAGUGACAUCAUUGAUACUGACAGUGGUGUUCACAUUAUUCUGAGAACUGGUUAGUUUACCAGAAGAAGUAUCCAUAGAUUCAAGAGCAAUUGCAAGUUGUAACGCGUCUUUUCUUUCUAUUUUGUGUCUCAAAGACUACCCUUCCCACUCUUGCGUCUUAUGGCCGCAACAAACUUAUAAAAUUUGAUUGGAUUAUCAGUCAAAUACGUCUCCAAAUGCUUGACUAGUAAUUUGAUGUUUAUAAACGUUUUUAGCCAUAUGUUUGAGAGUUUCUUGACUUGUGGCACGCUUAAGAAACUUUUUGAUGCAGCGCGCUCACUUUUUGUGGUUUUUAUUGGUGGUACUCAAUGUACUGAAAAGUCAUCCUGGGAA